UGAGGGUACUUUUAACUUAUUAGUUCUUUAUAGUUUAAGUUAAUUUUAAAAUCUAGUUUUAUUAAUAAAAUGAAAGUCCAUUUCAAAAAAGUUGUACUGCAGGUAUUUUUGAAUUUUUUUGUUUUCAUCAUCAUACCAUCUACCAACAUCAAGUCAUGUACCUAUUUAAUUACCUAUCUGGUUAUUGUUUUGUUGACUGUGGUCAGUAACUUUUGCUUAGGCAUUGAUAAAUAUAGAUUCACUAACGCCCAACAUCUGAUAUCUUCAUCAAAUGAAUGGUUUUGGGUAGGAAUUCUACAAGCCUCCAAGAGCUCUUUACGGUUCAGUAUAGAUUGGAGAUUCGACACAGAUUAUUUUAAGAGCCAAGAGGACACGUUUAAAAUGCUCAGCAAAUUACAAAGAAAUACAGAAUAUUUGAAACUUUGAACCCAUAGAGUUAAUCUUGUACGAGUUGUACGAUGUUAUGGAUGAACAUCAUCUGUGUCAUAUAAUAUUUCGACACACGUAAGCAGUUGGGAAACUUCCUCUCUCCUGUUUUGUGACUUUUAUAAUAUAUUAUUAAUAUAUAUAAAUCAUAUGCAGUUGUUUUUAAGUUUUAAUAAUAUAAAAACACUUUUAAGUAUAAUAUCACUUUCGGGCAAAGAUUCGCUAGUGGGUGACUUCUUGUUCACGUUAUUUAUGUAUUCCCUCUUCACAUAUUAUACUUAUAAUUAUGCUAAGCAGUAUAUAUUGUAUUUAUCUAAUAAAAAAG